AUGACACACCCCCUCCCCCAAAGAAUAGACGUCCACUCACACUUCCUCCCACCCUUCUACCGCACCGCCCUCGCCGAAAACGGGCACACACAUCCCGACGGCAUGCCCGCGAUCCCUUCCUGGUCUCCGCCCCAACACCUCGAAAUGAUGAAAACAGCCAACGUCUCCAAAUCCAUACUCUCCAUCUCCAGCCCGGGGACAAAUAUCAACCUGCACGAUCCGGAAUUAGCAAUCGAUCUAACACGGCAAUGCAACGCCUACGCUUCGUCUUUGAAGCAGCAACAUCCAGAAAAGUUUGGUGUUUGGGCUGCACUGCCGUUACCGGAUGUUGAAGCGAGUUUGAAAGAGAUAGAGAAGUGUGUUGAGGAAGGAGUCGAGGGCUUUGGCUUACUAACGAAUUACCAUGGGAUUUAUGUGGGAGAUGAAGCAAUGGACGCAGUCUUCGAUAAACUGAACGAAAUCAGCGCGACGGUAUUCAUUCAUCCAACGAAACCGUGUAUUAGGAACGUCGGUGGCAACAGUUCUAGCGACGACUCGCCUCAGACGACAGACGCUCUUCCAUUUGGCGAGCAGUACCCCGUCCCGAUAUUCGAGUUCUUCUUCGAUACUGCAAGGGCGGUUAUCAAUCUCUUCAGCACAGGGACGGUGGACCGGUGUCCGAACAUCAAGUUCAUCAUCCCGCAUUCUGGCGGUGCGUUACCGCCGCUUAUGACACGGUUCAUCCAGUUCUCCAGCGUGGUGCCGGGCGGGAGGGUCUUGAAUGCUUCGACGGUGCGGAAGCAGCUCGAUACGCAAUUUUAUUUUGAUCUCGCGGGAUUUGUGUUUGAUGGAGAGAGCGGGGGGCAGGGGCAGUUGAAGGCGUUUGUUGAAGGGUUUGAGAUUUCGUAUGAGAGGUUGCUGUAUGGGAGUGAUUUUCCUUUUACGAAGACGCAGUUUGUGAAGGCGUUUGCGGAAAGGAUGAAAGAUGGGUUGGAGAGCUUGUUUGGAGAGAAGGAGAGAGAUGCGAUCUAUCAGGGUAAUGCAGUUAAGUUGUUAGACAACGGGAAAAACAAGAUAUGA